GAGACUGAUAGAUACGAACUCUCGAGAUCGAAACCCACUGCCUUCCCAGCAAAUAUCUAGUCCAGUUUCUCCAUGUCAGUACCGCUUAUCAAACUCAAUAAUGGUGUUGAAAUUCCUGGAGUAGGCCUGGGAACUUGGCAAUCAAAGCCGCAUGAAGUCGCCCGUGCGGUGGAAGUAGCCCUUAGGUGUGGUUACAGACACAUUGAUUGUGCUUGGGCUUAUGGGAACGAAAAGGAAGUAGGAGAGGGCCUUCGGGCUUCUGGCGUACCGAGGUCCGAAGUAUUUAUCACUAGCAAGCUCUGGUGUACAUAUCACUAUCGUGUAGAGGAAUGUCUUGAUCAGACACUCGCGAACUUGGGAACUGACUACCUCGACCUCUACCUUAUCCAUUGGCCCGUGGCUUUGAACCAGAACGGGAACCACCCUGUAUUUCCAACUCGUCCUAAUGGUAACCGUGAUGUCGACGAGUCAAGGCAGCUCAAGGAUACCUGGAAAUUGAUGGAAGAUGUAGCGAAGAAAGGCAAAGUUAGGGCUAUCGGUGCAUCGAACUUUUCUCAAAAGAAACUUGAAGAAAUUCUGCCUACUGCAGAAAUUGUGCCAGCUGUUAAUCAAUUGGAGAUGCAUCUUUACAAUCCACAGUUAAAACUCGUCGAGUACCUGAAGUCGAAGGGCAUCGUUCCACAGGCUUAUUCACCUCUCGGAUCUACAAAUUCACCUUUGUUGAAUGAUGAAGUCGCAACUGGGAUAGCCAACAAGUAUUCAAUGAAAACUACGGACGUGCUCCUUGGAUACCUGCUCGCCAAGGAUAUCGUUGUCCUUCCGAAAUCUGUCACGCCUUCUCGCGUCGAGGCGAAUUUCGAGGGUGUCAUUGCUGCUUAUGGAAAAUUGACGGCGGAGGAUGUUGCGACGCUCGACGGUGUGGCUGCCAGUGGGAAACAGAAGAGGCUGAUCACGCCUCCAUGGGGUGUCGACCUUGGUUUUGAUAACUGGCCGUGAAACACAUAUGGUGUCAAAGUUGUAACUUCGGGGACUUGUAGCAGAAUAUUAAUGUAUUAUUUUUUUGGGUGAGCCAUAACUUGCGACUAGGUGAUCAACGACAGUCAAAA